UUAUGAGACCGUCACCGCGCAGGAGAGGCUGAGCAACGGAGAGGCUCACCAUGACCAAGUCGUACAGCGAGAGCGGGCUGAUGGGCGAGCCCCAGCCCCAGGGCCCCCCGAGCUGGACGGACGAGUGCCUCAGCUCCCAGGACGAGGAGCACGAGGUGGACAAGAAAGAGGAGGACCUGGAGGGUCUGCAAGCCGAGGCCGAGGAGGACUCGCUCCGGAACGGCGAGGAGGAGGACGAGGAGGACGACUUGGACGAAGAGGAGGAAGAAGAGGAGGAGGAGGACGACGACGACCAAAAGCCCAAGCGGCGGGGCCCCAAGAAGAAGAAGAUGACCAAGGCUCGCAUGGAGCGGUUCAAGCUGCGGCGCAUGAAGGCAAAUGCCCGGGAGCGCAACCGCAUGCACGGCCUGAACGCGGCCCUGGACAACCUGCGGAAGGUGGUGCCCUGCUACUCCAAGACGCAGAAGCUCUCCAAGAUCGAGACCCUGCGCCUGGCCAAGAACUACAUCUGGGCGCUCUCCGAGAUCCUGCGUUCGGGCAAGAGCCCCGACCUGGUCUCCUUCGUGCAGACCCUCUGCAAGGGCCUGUCGCAGCCCACCACCAACCUGGUGGCCGGCUGCCUGCAGCUCAACCCGCGGACCUUCCUGCCGGAGCAGAGCCCGGAGGUGCCGCCCCACGUGGCGGCGGGGGCGGCGGGCGCGCCCUUCCCGGCCCACCCCUACCCUUACCAGUCGCCCGGCCUCCCCAGCCCGCCCUACGGCACCAUGGACAGCUCCCACCUCUUCCACCUCAAGCCGCCUCACGCCUACGGCGCCGCGCUCGAGCCCUUCUUCGAGAGCGGCCUGGCGGAGGGCGCCGGCCCCGCCUUCGACGGGCCGCUCAGCCCGCCCCUCAGCGUCAACGGGAACUUCGCCUUCAAGCACGAGCCGCCCGCCGACUUCGACAAGGGCUACGCCUUCACCAUGCACUACCCCGCCGCCGCCGCCGCCGCCGCGCUGGCCGCCGCCCCCGCCCACGCCGCCAUCUUCCCGGCCGCCGCCUCCCGCUGCGACAUCCCGGUCGACGGGCUGGCGCCCUACGAGGGCCACGCUCACCACGAGCGGGUCCUCAGCGCCCAGCUCAACGCCAUCUUCCACGACUGA